AAAUAUUAAAUAUUUUAUAAAUUUAUUAAAUAAUUAGAAAUAUUAUUAAUUAUUUAAUAAAGUUAAGCAGUUUCAAGGAAAUAAAAUUUUUUAUUUCAAAUUUUUAUAAACUUGUACUGGGACUGAAUUUUUUUUAGUUUCCAUUUUUAAUCAGCUGUUGCGCACAUUGUUCAAGUCAACCGGUAGCUGAUGAAACAAUAACAAACAUUUAGUGAAAAAGUUUUUUGAAUUUUAAUUGACAUCGUGGGUAAUUUUGAAAGAUGGACAAGACACCGGGUUCCAUUGAUUGGACUCCGCUCAAAAAAUCCUUUGGCCCGAUGAUUGUCGAUUACAUGAGGGACAAUAAUUAUAUUCCUAAAAAAUCUAAACUCGGCGCAUAUAUUUUGCCGCCAGACCACGAAUUUAUUCUAGAUGAAUGGGGUAAAUUUGAAAAAGGCUCUAAAAAAAAGUCCGACAAAAGUGAUCAGAUAUCUGAAGAUAAAUCGUAUCUCCCUCAAACCCACGAUCUGGAUGAGCAGGAUAACUUUUGUCUCUUUGAUAAUUUCAGACGCUCAGUAAAUCUUGAAGAGUCCUUGGAAUCUCUACCAGACCGAACACCACCUAGACAAAAUACUCUAAGCGAAAUACGAGGCCCCAAUGCCCGCCCUCCAGAUCAUGAUGAAGAAGUCGUUGACAGAAAAUCUAUCAAUCGCAUACUCGCGGAAGAUAUCCAUAAAAGAAAUUACCGUAAUCACAAAAAAUUUUAUCCGCGACCAAAGAAUCUCAAGAUUUUUAAGUCUCUUCUAGAUCCAACUGCUUGCUAUUAUUCCCAUUAUGCUCCAUACUUAAAGGAUAUUUGUGAUGUUUUUGCAAAGAAACAUUUGCAUUUCCAGUACAACAUUUUAUUGGACAGCAUUCCUCAAGACGAAUCCCUUUUUAAAGGAGAACUGUCGAAAAAUCAACUCUUACAUUUUUUUUCUCAAAUAUUUUAUCACGUUGUACCUGGGUCAUUGUUCGGCAGCCGUAGAAAUUUAAAAAAAGUUAAAGCAGCAUUGAAACCGUACUUCGCGGCUGCUAAAAUAAAACCUUUUACUAUCGAACCGCUUGUAGAAAAAUUAGACAUUGAUUCAGUAGAGUGGCUGUCCAAAUUAAAUUCUAAAACAAGCAAAAUCUUGGUUUUGUGCCGGACAAUUAAAUGGUUCUUCUAUACAUUCAUUUGGAAUAUUAUUGACACAUAUUUUUUCAGCGAAAAUAAUAAAACCCGCAAGGAAAUGAUUUACAUCCGCCGCUGGGUGAAGGGGUCAGUUAUCCUCAACUACAUCCGUGAACAGGAAACUCAAAAUAAUUAUCAGCCGAUAGAGCACCCAGUUCCUGUAAAACAUAACAGCGUAACACCUGUUGCUCAUUUAAUUGUGCAGUCGAAAAAGGAUGGUGUACGACCUAUAUUAUCGAAUUCUAAAACGAGUGAUCAUCAAAAGGAAAUCGGUAAAAAAGUUCAUCUUUUACUGAAACAACUUUAUUUAAAAAAUAAUGAUAUUAUAAACGUACAUACACUUCAUAAAAUCUGGAAGUCUGUGUGCGAAACCCGAAAACUCGAUAAGACCAAACCAAUUUACUUUGUAUCCUGUGAUAUCAACGACGCUUUUGGUUCAAUUAUUCAAGACAAAUUGCUGGACAUUGUCUUUGAAUUAAUAGAUAAAUUACCAGAUAAAAUUCCUACUCAGUGGUUUGCAGUAAUUGAUUCUACAAAUAUUCAAAAAAAAAGUUACAAAGAAAAAGAAUUUAUAUCUCCAGAAAUUCUCCCGCCAAUUUUACCUCGAGGUGCUUUGUGUUGUCGUACGACUAGGAUAAGAAAACCUUGUACAAUUAUUAGUAAAAAACAUUUAAAGACAUACAUUAAAUCUGCAGUAGUACAACAGAGAAUUCUACAUGGAAACCGUACUUUCAUUUUGAAAAAAGGAAUCGGUCAAGGUGUACCAAUGUCCGGAACACUUUGUGAUUUUUAUUACAGUGAUAUGAUGGCAAAAGAAUUUUCAAAAUUCACUGAAUCUGGUCAUUUACUUCGUUACGUUGAUGACUUUUUGUUUUUAACUGAAGACAAAGAGCUAGCGCAAGAAUUUUUAGAAAAAAUAAAAAAUGGUGUCGGGAGCUAUGGCUGUUCCUUCAAUCCAGCAAAAACCCAAUCAAAUUUAUCGCCUUACAAUAACAAUGAGUUUACUUACUUGGGAUACCACUACGAUCUUGAAACUUUGAAUGUAAAACCUGAGUACACAAAAUUAUCAUUAGUACAAAUCAUGUCACGUAAUCAACCUCAGAUUGGUGGAAUAGACAGUGUAUUUGUAAAGAAGAUCGCAAAUUGGGUAUCAUUGAAAUUAUCCGCGCUGGUAUUGGACCCUUGUAUAAAUUCCAAGGAAGUGAUUAUCGAUACUUUGAAAAGUGCCGCCCGUUUAUGUGCGGAAAAAUGUUUUUUUCUCCUUCUCAACACUUAUGAUGUAGGAAAGAUGACCGGAGAGUCUGCACUUAGAAUUUUUAAUGACAUAAAGAAGAAAUCUCUACAGCCUUUAUUGCAGAUGUGUAAAAUUUUUGUUACAAGGCGUCAUCGUAAAUUUACAAUAAGAUUUGGGGAAUUAAAAUGUAUUUUUUGGCAUGCAUAUUUAAAGGUGUUUAGAAAAAAUGAAGUAGCAUACAAGAAAUUUUCUAUACUUAUUAAAAGUCAAUUCAAAUCCAAAUUAUUAAAUAAUUUAUCAGGUUAACUUUUUGUUUUACUUUUUUUUUCCUAAUUUAGUAAAAAUUAUAAAGUCGAUGUAUUUAUAAUUUUUUUAUAAAUAAUAAAAAUGUUUAAGUAAAAUAACCACGAGGUUUGUUUGUAAUUGGCGGUAAUUUAACCAGGCAUUUGAAUUAAACACAUGGGGUUAUUUACAAUGACUUGAUGUAUGUUUUUUUGAUGAUAUGAGCGACUCAACUGUCACUGUCAUUAAAUAUGUUAAAAAAAAUAGUAAGUAAUAGUGUAAUAGUAUUUAUGUUAAAUAAAUUACAAUUAUUACGUGCUAAUUAUUGCGCCAAUCAUAUUAUCAAAGCAGCUUUUUCAAAUAUUCCUUCAAAUUAUUUAAAACCACCCGAAAAUCCGUUGCAUGUUCCAAUCAACGAUCAACUUGUUGAUAAAAUUUUUAAAUUCAAAGACACCAAUAUCAGCAACUGGAUCAUUGAGGACGAAGUUGAUACAUUGUGUUGUUUUUAUAAAAAUUUACCAGUAGAAAACAAGCAGAAAUUUCUUUGGACUCUAGAGCCAGCUGGCUCUAAAAUAUGGAGUCGACCAUAAACACAUUUGUCAUCUUGCUGUCAAAUUAUUAUGCACAGAGGGAGACAAUUACCAACAAUUGUUGACUAGAGAAACAACAUUGGAAAAAGCUCUUACGCCUCGGUACCACUGGCUGUUUAUUCUGAUAGUAAGAUUAGGAGUCAAAUUUCUCGUUGAUCUCCGUACUGAUGUUCUGGUAUUUUUUAUGAUAAAUAUCAUUAAUGUAAAAAAUAAUCAACUCCAGAUAAUUUAUCUGUAUUAAAAAAUAUAAGGCUAUCAAUCGGGUUUCAGAUUACGAAGCGAUACAUCCAGUUAAAAAUUGGGUUGACUUGAAACGGCGAGUUGGUCCUUAUCGUCGUUGUUAUAUAUUUACACAUCCUUCAAUGCCCAGAGAACCUUUGGUUGUUCUUCACACAGCUCUCUGCGACACGAUACCAGAGACUGUUAAAGAUAUUGAAGAAGCUGAAAAACGAAUUUACAAAUUUUCUAUUUAAUUAUCCAGUUCAGAAAUCCAAAGCAGUGAAAAAAGCUCUCAGCAGUAUUUCUUCAACAUUAUUUUAAAUUUUAGUAUAUGAUCUCUUAAGUAUGCCUUUAAUAAUUCCCUUCAGCAGUCGUUUCGCCAUGUUCGUAUUUUCGUCCACCAUAGAUCCGCACACUGCCAAUGACACCCCUGCAUGCCGCAUGCAGUCCAAUAAUACCAUAGUUGCCACAACUAUAAGUAUACUUUUAUCUAAGCCCUCGCCAUACUAUCAUCUGCCACAGUAUGAUACAACAGGUAUGACUUCUCAAAAACUUGAGACCCCCGCCACUUCACCAGUUGUCCAUCGCGCCCUGUUCAAACCACUCCCGGUCUCUAUUGCAGUCCAUUGGGAUGGUAAACUACUUCGUGACUUAACUAAUUCUAACAAGGUGGAAAGGUUGUCUAUAAUUAUAUCUGGGGACGCAGAAAUUAUGUUAGGUAUAUCAUUGGUUGAAGAUGGACGAUGUUGUAAAUUUGAAAAAAAAUUUUAAUGCAAUAUUGUAUUUGUUUUUAAUUUUUUAAUAUAGAAAAUUAUUGAUUGAUUAAUUUUUUACUAUAAUUAUUUUGUUGAAUAUACAAACAUUUAUUUAAUUUAUUUUUAGAAAUUAAAUAAUUGUAUUUGUUAAAUUAAAAACAA